CUCGCACCGCCCGCAUGGCCCGUUCAAGAUGGCAACCAAGCGCGAUCUGGGGUGGCCACGGCGGUUGCUGUGGGGGUUGUGGCUGGCCCGGGGCGCUCCACAGAGCCCGGGUUCCGGCCUGGGCCUAGAAGGGAGGACUUAUUCCCAGGGCGACGGCCCAUACUCGCGCACGGCGCUCUAUGAACUGCUCGGCGUGCCCACCACAGCCACGCAGGCGCAAAUCAAGGCGGCCUACUACCGGCAGAGCUUCCUCUACCACCCGGACCGCAACUCGGGGAGCGCCGAGGCUGCCGAGCGCUUCACGCGCAUCUCCCAGGCCUACGUGGUGCUGGGCAGUGCCACCCUGCGUCGCAAGUAUGACCGCGGCCUGCUCAGCGACGAGGACCUGCGCGGACCUGGCGUGCGGCCCCCCAAGGCGCCGGUCCGCGACACCGGCUCGCCCCGCCCCCCGCCCCCUGCGUCUCAGGCCCACGGCCGCGGUCGGGCCACCGCGGGCGCCAACCGCACCAUGUUCGACUUUGACGCCUUCUACCAAGCUCACUACGGAGAACAGCUGGAGCGUGAACGGCGCCUCAGGGCCCGGCGAGAGGCCCUACGCAAACAGCAGGAGGACCGGGCCAAGAAGGGCUUCCAUUGGGACGAUACCCGAGACGCGACCUUUGUCUUCCUUCUCCUCACGGUCUUCAUCAUCAUGGGCUUUCGUUUUUAAAAGGAGAGAGGAAGAAAGGGAGCAGCCCCCCGCCAGCCCCGAGAAAAUGGCCUUUCCGGUGUUCUUGAACCCUUUGCCUUCCAUAGUCUACCUCUGCGGGGGUCCGGAGAAACUGCUCUCCCCUUCCUGUUCCCCGCCCGCCCAGCUUAGCCGUCCACGUACGCUUCCCUCCCCUACGGUCCAGAAAAGAAGGCUUCUCGAUGCCCAAGAAAGAGGCCCCAAGAAGAAGAGUCCCAAAAGCCCGAGAGUGAAGGGUUUUCUGGAGUCCCUUGGGUGCCUGCUUCCAGAGGUUGCCUUCCUGAUGUCAGCUUCUGGAACACUUGCUCGGGCUUUAUUGUAAAGCUCUGAGCAAGAAUUGUCUGCUCCUGCCCCGCGCUUGUACCGUGGGGGUCCUGUGUAACCUUGAACCGUGCAAUGUGACCAAUUGUUGGCUGCCAAAAGAAAAAUUGUGGGGUUGUACGAACCUUGUCUUUCUGUGAGUUCCCCAGCCACAGGUGAGACCUGACGUAAGACUGUGAUCUUUGGAAACUUUGCCGUUCUUGUAUGAUCAGCCCCAGACCCCACUCCCUUUUCUGUUGAUGGCAUGUGGGAGUGGGAGAGCAAGGUCAUGGAGCAUAAGGAAUUGAGUGUUCCUGUGCCCACACUUAUCUAAUGUGUAUGACCUUGGAGAAAGUUACUCUGUGGGCAUGACAGCAGAGGAACAAAUCAUUUGCUCUCUUGAGGCCUGUCACACUUUAUUAGCUACAGUUCUAAUGGGCUCAUUGAUUAAAACAUGAUGUGAUAGAGUUAGGUUUA